UUCGCGGUGCAACAUUUGCCGGUAUGACUUGAAAGCACAUACACAUUGCUUGAAAGGUUAGCAACAGCUUUUUGGUAUCAUUAGAUAGUGUAUAGGCGCGCAGUGGUGGUUGCGCAGUAAAUAUUGGCCUCGCGUGUAGUAGGUCUUGCCGGACUGACGCCGCUCGAGCGCCGCAGGACCUCGGCCUCACUGUAAAACCCCGCCGAAUGGCUCAACCAGUCAUGUUCUCUUCGCCGUUAUAAAAAGCCUUAAAAGAAAAUAAAAAAGACGGUAAUCGAGAGAUUAAAUGUUGUGGGGUGCAAGGAAAGCUUUGAAGGAAAUUUUCGGGGGUUUUCAAUGCCAGUCGAUGCCGGUUACCGAUGAUUAGUUCAGGACACGUGUGUGCAACGGACAUUCGGGUGAACUUAUGUCGUCAUUAGCUGGUGGUGAAAUGAAGAGAGGUUUUUUUGAUUGAGUGCGGUGCAGGGGGGAUGACGACGGUUUUUGGAUUUAAGCGGCGGGAAGGAGUUAUUGGUGGGGAAUCGAGUUUUGUGGGGAGUUGGGAAAUGUGAUGGGGAGUGAGAGGCUUUGAGAGGGGAUUGGUUUGGAAAAUCACGGGAGUCAACCAAUUACUUGCAACAGGUGAACCGAACCCCGACGAGACAUUUUGCGGAAACUCCAAGUGCCAAAGCAACUGACGCGUCGUGUCAAGGACUUUGGGUGACUUCCCAGUUGCAUCGUAUUGUGAAUUAGGGUAUGGUGGUAGGUGAGACGGCGGGGCGAUGACACUCAAUCACCGUCCGCCGUCGUCACCACGAGUCCCUCAGGACUCGACCGAUUUCCUUAUCCCAUACCCAUCCCCAUUCCUGAUUCACAAUAAAAAUAUCUGUCAUUCACGGUACCGUACGAGUAGUAUAACUCAUCGAUUAACAACGACGAAUAGGUAUGAAAGAUCGUUCUCGUCAUCACGAACACAAUCAGGGGAUGCCAUUGGACGAGAUACAGGGACUCUUGCCGCCAUCCUCCAGAACAGGUAACCGGGGUCCGUUGAAUGUGACAAUUGUGCAGGUGGGCGGUAGUAAUAACAACGGUAGUGGCGGAGGACACGAGUAUCUUGGGCUGGACGCGGCAGAGUUAAGACCUGUCCCAUCACCGCUCUCUGAAACCAGCACUACUCUACCAUCUGACAACAAUGACACGUUCACGGGUGGAGUUGAUCCUCGCCUUCUGCUGGGAGCAGUGGGUGGUGCAGGAGAUCGUAGCGCCUGGGAAGGCCGUUACUACGUCAAGGAGCAUCGCCGAGCUGGAAAGGCAACUUUUCAGGGUCAAGUAUACAACUUCCUUGAGCGACCAACUGGCUGGAAGUGCUUCCUGUAUCACUUCUCUGUGUGA